AUGUCUCUCACGGCAAUAUCUCUCAUCCUCCUCCUCACCCUCACACCAGUCACGGCGACAUGCUACUGGCCCAACGGUGACACAGACAACAACUACACCCCUUGCCCCAACAGCAAAUCCUGCUGUCUCAAGGGCGAAGCCUGCCUCUCCAACGGCCUCUGCUACGGCGCAACCCUUAACAUCGCCUAUCGCGGUGCCUGCGCCGAUAAAUCCUGGCCGGUCCAGGACUGUCCGCAUGUUUGCCUCGAUACGAUCCCAGAUCACUGGGCAAAUCUCUACUCGUGCCCCAAUUCCUCAACGAAUGUGUUCACGUGCGGAUAUGCGGGGUGGGCGACGGACGUCUGCCGUGCGAAUCUGGGGCAGUGGCAGUGGGCGAGUGGGGAGGUGGAGGUUGCGAAGAAUGGGAAUGGAAAUGCGAGCUCUUCUGCGUCUGCUUCUUCUUCCGGGGUGCAGGACAUUAUCACGACUACGUCGUCGGGUUCUGGUUCGUCCACCAAGACGGCGAGGGGGACGAUUACGGGGGAUAUUGUCACGACUACUGGGUCUGCGACUGCUACGGCAUCCACAGGGACAGGGACAAGUACUCCAAAAUCGUCGGAUACCUCUAUCUCUGCGAUGACGCUCGGCGCGGGGUUAGGUGUUGGACUAGGCGUCCCGCUGCUAGUCGCAUUGGGUCUACUGAUCUUUUUUAUCCGGAUGCGAAGGCGAGCGCCGGCAGCGCCAGCACCGCCGGUCAAUGAAAAGGUCUACCCCGGAGCUGUAUACUAUCCAGGCCCAGCGGAGAUUGCCACGCAGAGACACAAUAUGGCUACGGGGUUGGAGGGGUCGAGGCAUGAUCGACCGGAGUUAUAUGGGUAG